AUGAACGGCUUUCGCGACCAGAGGCUGGCACUCCAUUGGGUCCAGGAGAACAUCGCCGUCUUUGGAGGCGAUCCUGCUCGAGUCACCAUCCAGGGCGAAAGCUCUGGUGGUACGAGUGUAGGUGCUCAGCUGCUUGCAUAUAAUGGCCGUAAUGACAAGCUUUUCUCUGGUGCGAUCACCGAGUCUGGAGCUCCGGUCUCUUUAGGGCCGGAUAUCACGGUGGCGAGCUGGGAUCCAGUCAUCGCUAACAUCUCGAAGGCCGUCGGAUGCGAUAAUAGCUCGGAUGUGCUUGCCUGCUUCAGAUCAGUUGACUCAGCGAAGAUGAACGCUGCCAUCAACUCCACUGCAAAUCGCGGUGCGCGUUACGGGCCUUUAAUCGAUACAUCGGGUGGACACCAGGGCGACUUCAUCGUCGGUCAUGCGGUCACCCAAAUGGAAGCAGGCAAGUUUGUUCACGUCCCAUGGAUCAUCGGCCAUAACACGGAUGAGGGCGCUGGCUUUGGAGCUGGCAAUAUCAACACGACACAGCAGUUCCUUGCUUACCUUGAAAAGAGCCAAGGACUCGACAAUGCUACAGCGCAAGACAUGGCGAUUCUAUAUCCUGACAUUCCCUCCAUCGGCAUUCCAGCAACCAUCCAUGGACGUCCGGGCCCUGACAUCGGCUUGCAGUUCAAACGCGGCUCUGCGGUUGGCGGCGAUAUAGCUAUGGCCGCGCCCAGUCGCCUCGCAGCUCAACUCUGGGGCUAA